GAGAUAUCAAAAGAGCAAAAGGAAGAGAGAGAGUGUGUGGAAUAGAUAGAGAGAUUGAGAGUGUGACAGAGAAAGACAGAUUGAGAGAGUGGAAGAGAGAGUGUGGAAGGGGUAAAAUAGGAAGACAGAUUGAGAGUGGGAGAGAGUGAGUGGGAGAGGGAGAGAGAGAGAGAGAGAGAGAGAGAGAGAAAGAGCCUCUUGGUACACAGCACCAUCUCCUUCUAGAAUCGACAUCCUUCCUGUCCCUCUCCCCCUGGAUUAUCCAGGAACUGCAUCCCGCAGAGGACUCCGACAACACCCCUGCCUUGGCCUGUGCCCCCCACCCCAGCCUUCGAUUCUCUCGGUACCACUCCUUGUGCCCGGCUCAUCGUUGAAGAGGAGGAUGCCCAAAGCAGAUACACCAGUGAACAGCACCAUGAGCAUUGCACAGGCUCGGAAACUCGUGGAACAGCUGAAAAUCGAGGCCAGCAUGUACAGGAUCAAGGUUUCAAAAACUGCGGCUGACCUGAUGGCAUACUGUGAUGCCCACUCCUGCGAGGACCCCCUGAUCACCCCGGUGCCAACCUCCGAGAACCCUUUCCGAGAGAAAAAAUUCUUCUGCGCCCUUCUCUAAGGGGUGCCCCCGCUCGGCGAGGACCGGACUCAGGAGCGACGCGUUCGGAUGUAAAAAAGUAAACAUUUCUGACCAAUAAAAAUGGCUGUUCCCGAAA